AUGGGUGCCAUUCCGGAAGUCGACCCCGAGGAGCCUGUCGAGACCAAGCCCUUCAAGUUCGUGACUGGUUACGACGCCCGUUUCCCCCAGCAGAACCAGACCAAGCACUGCUGGCAGAACUAUGUCGACUACUACAAGUGUGUCGAGGCCAAGGGUGACGACUUCCGUCCCUGCAAGCAGUUCUACCACGCUUUCCGCUCCCUCUGCCCCAAGGCCUGGACUGACCGCUGGGACGGCCAGCGCGAGGGCGGCAACUUCCCUGCUAUCCUUGACAAAUAG